CGCGAGCUCCAUUCCCCCCCGGUAUAUUUCCAAAAUAGUAGAUGACAUAUGGACUGUCUGGGAGUUGAGCAUCCGCGGCCUGUAAUUUGAGCCCCAAUAGGCAAUUCUUUUGCAUAUGCGUCUGGUUUAAUUUCAUAUAGUGGCCGGCAUUUAUGGGCAGCCAGCGAGGAGUGCCCGGUGUGAGAUGGAGCGACAUUGUAGGCGAGGAUGAUCACCCGACUGCGGUAUACACGCGUAAGGGAGGAUCUCAAAACAACAAGGAGAAGCAGAAGCAUCCCCAAAACGAUAGAGAUGGUAAUGGCGAUACUCGGCCUCCUGCUACUGCGCGGAAUACUCGCAGGCAAAGUUGGAUUUGCCGAGCGCUGUCUUCUAGAGGAAGCAAGAGCAUUGCAUCUCAUGUUACACAGGAUGAACGUACAAACAAACGGAGGAAAUCUAAGAAGAAAGGCCAAUCUAGAGUUUCAAAUAAAAGGAUGGAAAUCCCUCCAAUUGAUUUUAUUGAGGAAAAAAAAUCUUACUUUAAAGAUGUUGAUUCUUUUGAGUUGGACGAAGAGGAGGGCCCAUCACCUGUGCAAGCAAUUUGCCCAAGAUUGGUAGCUCCAAGCAAAUUGGAUCCAUUGCAGAGUUUGGUUAAGGGUCUUGAUGUUGUAUGGGAAGAGUCUGGAGGUGAAUCUUUUUCACACAAUUCAGAUGGUGAACUCAGCAAUUGUUCAGAUUUGAUUUCCCUUAUACUUAACACUCCUUCCGCUUUAUCUCAGUCCUCCGCAUCUUCAGAUAUUUUGAUAUCAUCAGAUGGAUUUUCAUUCCAUAAGGUUAAACCUUCAAAGCAACCUCCACCUGAAGUAUCAGAUGAUGUUUCAAUCUAUAAGAUUAAAUCUUCAAGGCACGUAUCUUUGAAAGAGUCAAAUGAAAAUCAAGAUGCAACUGCUGAAUGCCCUGAUAGGGGGGACGUCAUUCAAGAACCUGUGAACACCCAUUCGACAGUUCAAGAGAAUAGAAAUAAGUCUUCAUUGUCUGAUGCAAGUUACAUCUCAGAGGCUUUUGGCAAAAUGGAGAUAAUUGGCGUGCAGAAAUCUCAGAACGUUGAGUACACAAAAGUAGAAGGUAAAUAUGUGGAAGAGAAUGAUGAAGCUGGAGUCUCAAACAUUGAAGAUCCCUUUUCACUAUUGACUUCAGAAGAAGAUGAACCUUAUGAGAUGCCAGCUUUGGGAAAAAUACUUCAAAUUUGCGGGCAGACAAGGCCAAUUAGACUUUUUGAAGCAUGCUCUGAAUUUUGGAGGAGAAAGGUGAGUUGUGAAGAGAAACAAGGGUUCAUUGAAGGAAAACCAACAAGGAGGAAGCUCACGAUUUCAUCCAUAAAUCACAUGGGGGCUGCAUUAUACUUUCAUUUGGUGCAUCAAGAGUUGGAAAGGAAGAUUUGCAUCUCAUUUCAAGCUUGUUGUAAGAGUGAUGCAAACAAUAUUAUUAAAAUUGGCGAAGGGACAUUUGGAGAAGCUUUCAAAGGAGGUGGAAAUGUAUUUAAAAUUGUACCGUUCGAUGGAGACUUUUUGGUGAAUGGAGAAGCCCAGAAAACUUGUGCUGAACUUGUUACUGAGGUAUCACUUUCCAAAACACUGAAUUGUCUACGUAGUGCACAAGACAGGACUGCUAACAAUAAUACUUGUAUGAACUUCAUAGAAACAAAAGCAAUAAGGGUUUGUGAAGGUACAUAUGAUGCUUUUCUAGUGAAUGCAUGGGAGGAUUGGGAUGAAAAGCACACAUCAGAAAAUGACCAUCCUAUGGCAUUUCCUGAAAAGCAGUUGUAUGCAACAUUCAUUUUAGCAGAUGGAGGGCAGGACCUCGAGAGUUUUGUGCUUUUAGACUUUGAUGAAGCUCGAAGCUUGCUGAUGCAGGUAACAAGUUCUCUAGCUAUAGCAGAAGCAGCUUGCGAGUUUGAACACAGAGAUUUGCACUGGGGUAAUAUUCUUCUAAAUCGGGACCAAAGGAAGACAAUAGAAUUCAUUCUCCAAGGGAAAAGAAUGGAAGCACAAACCUUUGGCUUGACAAUAGCCAUUAUUGACUUCACAUUGUCUAGAAUCAAUACAGGAAAUCAAGUUCUAUAUUUUGACUUAUCAUCAGACCCUGCUUUGUUUGAGGGUCCAAAACGAAACACACAGUCUGAAACAUAUCGGAGGAUGUUGAAUGUGACUAAGGGAAAUUGGGAGGGAAGGUAUCCUAAAACGAAUUCCUUGUGGCUUCACUAUAUAGCAGACACUUUGCUCACCAAGAAAGUUUUUAGAUGUUCUCCAAAAGAUAAACGAUCUCUGCAAGCUUUUAGGAAACGGUUACUCAUGUAUGAUUCAGCAGAAGCUGCUCUCUCGGAUGCCUUCUUUGAUGGAAUGUGGGUUGAAAAUUGAUUUAACAAACAUUUAAGAAAAGUCAAUAUUAUCUACAGAUUGUAGAUUUGUACACUUUUUCCCAAGACAAAUUAUCAGAGCAAUGAUGGUGAGAUGAGUUUUAAGAGGCAACUCUAAAGCAAUUGUGUCAUCUUAGGGUUGUAAACAUAUAGUCGAUCAAGAGGUUUGAUCGAUCGUGCCAUUUUACAAUAUUGUAAAACAUUUAGGGGAGAGGGCCCUAUACGUGUGCAUCCUAGCUUCACGCUUUUCAAUUAUCUAUCUGGGUAUUUCAAAGUACUCUCAAUUAUGUACAUCAGUUGGUUUCUCAAGUUUCCUAUUUUAAAAAUUGUUUUUAAGUCCACAUGGUCAAAUAUGAUGCUACAUCAGCAUGCAUUUUUGUGAA